CUGGAGCGUUCCUCGCAGCGCACUCUUUUAACCUCAUCCUCACAACUCCACACCGCACACAAAUUCGUAAUUCCAAAUUUGUUUAAUUUCCACUAAAAAUUUAAUUUUCCACUAAUAAUAGUUUCCGGAAAUUAUACAUUUUGAAUUCUCCUCCGAGCCAAGAGUGAAAAAACCAGUUUUGGAAGUAUUUUGAUUCAAAAUUUUUGAAGUCGAGUUGUAAGUUGGUGGUAUUGUCGCCGAAUUGAAGGUUAUUGUACGAAAAUAUACCAUCAUGGCUGCUGCGUCUGCUUCUACGUCAAAACGCCGAGUGCUGGAUGAGGACGAGGAUUUAGCCAAUGUUGAAUUUGAAACGAGUGAUAAUGUUGAAGUCAUCAAAACAUUUGAUUCAAUGGGACUCAAGGAAGAUUUGCUUAGAGGCAUUUUUGCAUAUGGAUUCGACAAACCUUCAGCCAUCCAACAGCGUGCAAUAAAGCCGAUUGUUAAAGGUCGAGACGUGAUCGCUCAGGCUCAGUCUGGAACCGGCAAAACUGCAACUUUCUCUAUAGGAAUUUUGCAAUCUAUUGACACCACACAGAGGGAAACUCAGUGUUUGGUCUUAUCUCCAACACGUGAAUUGGCUGUUCAAAUUCAAAAGGUUAUUCUGGCAUUGGGCGAUUACAUGAACAUACAGUGCCAUGCGUGCAUUGGGGGCACAAAUCUUGGAGAAGAUAUCCGAAAAUUGGAUUAUGGACAACAUGUAGUAUCGGGAACUCCGGGAAGAGUUUUUGAUAUGAUUAGACGAAAAUGUCUGAGAACAAGGGCUAUUAAAAUGCUUGUGUUGGACGAAGCCGACGAAAUGCUAAAUAAAGGGUUCAAAGAACAAAUCUACGAUGUGUACAGAUAUCUUCCACCUUCAACUCAGGUUGUACUGGUCUCUGCUACUUUGCCGCAUGAAAUCUUAGAAAUGACGAGCAAAUUCAUGUCUGAUCCGAUCCGAAUCCUUGUCAAACGCGACGAGUUGACAUUGGAAGGAAUUAAACAGUUCUUUGUGGCUGUGGAACGCGAGGAAUGGAAGUUCGACACCUUGUGUGACUUGUACGAUACACUCACCAUCACACAAGCGGUUAUCUUCUGUAACACCAAACGCAAGGUAGAUUGGUUGGCAGAGAAAAUGCGUGAAAGCAAUUUCACUGUUUCUUCAAUGCACGGAGAAAUGCCUCAAAAGGAGCGUGAUGCUAUUAUGAAGGAAUUCAGAAAUCAGGCAACUCGAGUACUAAUUACAACUGAUGUGUGGGCGAGAGGAAUUGACGUACAACAAGUUUCAUUGGUCAUAAAUUAUGACCUGCCCAACAAUCGAGAAUUAUAUAUUCACAGAAUUGGUCGAUCCGGUCGUUUUGGUCGUAAAGGUGUUGCCAUCAACUUCGUCAAAGAGGAUGAUAUUCGUAUUCUCCGAGAUAUUGAGCAGUACUAUUCCACACAGAUUGAUGAAAUGCCCAUGAACGUUGCCGAUCUGAUCUAAUGCAUCUUCAAUUUUUCACCAUGGCCAAGAAUCCCAAGGUCUAAUUAUUUUCACAAUAGUAAUUCGUCGUGUGGCUUGUUUAUAAAUAGUUGUUAUUGAUAAUUUUUCGCGACUGUACACAGUAAUUAAUAAAUAGUACGAUACUUGUUUAGAUACUUGUUUUUCAAUCUUUCUUUGCUACGAUUUAAUGUAUUAUAUUUAAUUAACAACAAUAAAGGCUAAAUAAUUAUCAGCAAA